AAUGGGUUUGUGCAGAAAUCGUCUCGGAUGAAAAAGUUAUCAGAAUUGUGUAAAAUCAGUUCAAUUUCUUGUGAUUUCUAGUUCCAAGCGUAGAUAAUAGUAGUCUGCAAGUGCACAAAAAUGGCCCCCGGAGCUAAUAGCAACAAUAAUAAUCAAAAUCGCCAGACAGGAACAAAACCGAAGACAAAAUCUUCGAAGAAAAAUUCAGUGCCUCGAGAGGUAGUUGCCCCGACUCGGCGAGAUCUCCAGCAGCAGCUAAAUGUUCUCGUCGAUUGGGCAACGGUAUCGGGCGUUGCUGAAGCCGCGACUAGCAAUCAGCAGCAGGCAGGAUCAGCCGUUGGAGCUUCCGGCAGUCAGCAGAACAUUCUACUCAAACCGAGAAACAACCGUACUCCGGGCGAAGGGACGUGUUACGAAAUUGAUAAUCUUGCCCUGCAGGACAACAGUCGCUACAUUCCGGUGCGACCGAUCGUCCGCCGAAAUCUGCUGAGCGAAAGUGCUGGGACCGAGUCCGGCGAGCAGCACAAUACCACGGUCGGUGUGGUUAUUCCGACCACUCCAAACUCGGCGCUGCAAACGUUCCGCCUUAACGACGCCUCCGGAGCGUCCAGCAUUGGCAUUAACAAUCUCAUCAACAACAACACCGGUAGCCAAAAACACAUUCUCAAUCCCUUCCAACAGCAACAGCUGCAGCAGCAACAGCAACAGCAGCAACUGCGUGCUUCUCCGCUUAGCUCGCGUGUUCCAGACGGAGCAUCCCAGAAUCAGCUCAAUCUCAAUAAAAACUCGAAUCAGCAACAGCAGCAGCUGCAGCAGCAACAACAACAAUUUUACGGCGUUGGUGCCAUUGGUGGAGGAGCUGCCUCGAAAGCCAAUUUUGAAGACAAAUUAAAUCAGAUUCAAGAGUAUAUUAAGUUGACCACCAAUCUCAUCUCGUCUGUACAAAACGAUAAUAGUCUUUCACAGAGGAAGCAAUCGCAGGAGGGAGGGAAGCAAAUCAACAUCUCUACCGAGAUGGGUGAUCAGAGUUGCUAUUUCAUGCCGAUCAAUUCCACUAGCUUAGAAAGUGUUCCAAACAGCGAUUCUGAGCUCAACGGUCCACGGCCACAAUCGGUUCAAAGUAUCUGCACCAACAACUCCACAACUCCGGUGCAGACUCCUUCCUACGACGAACUGCGUUACCGAAUGGAGGGCCAAAGCAGAAAUAUGCAAGCACUGAAAGAACAGCAAGCCCAUCUUCUGCGAUUGCAGCAAGCAGCACGCCAGCAACUGCAGGAAAUGGAAGCGAUUCGCCAUCAAACAGCAGCCAACGUGGUUCCACUGGAAAACUUUGAAUCCGUAGAGCAAGUUCAGGAAGGAAUCAGUAGCGUGAUGGAGCGGAUGCAUGUACUAGCUUCGUUCAUCCAGAACCAGCAGGCGCUGAGUAAAUUACUCGGUGGAGAAAAUGAUGAUGUGGUUAAUGAGCAGGACAUUCUGCAGCAAAAGUUUCAGGAGUUACGCCAUAAGAAAGCUCAGAUGCAUAAUUUAGUUUCCGAGUUACAGAACUUGAAUGUGGAAGCGAGUAGACACUUCGAAACCACAGCCCCAUCAACUGGAGUUGAACGGAACGUUCCGAUUGAACUAACAAAUGCUCCAGCGCCAGCAGCAGAUAUGAAGAAAGCUACUAAGACUUUCAAUCAAAAUAAUGUCGAACACGCAAUGCUGAACGGGACCCGCGGUGGUUCUAUAACACCGAAGGUGGAAAAUGUGCUUCACGACAAUGUGGAUGGCAUUAAUGAGGAUGAGGAUGAGGAAGAGGAAUCGGAGGCAAUCGCUGGAACAGCAGAUAUGUUGAACGAGAAAAUCAAUGAAAUCAACGCCAUGAAAUCUCAACUGCGACGGUUGAAAGAGAUGAUGGACACGGUGAAAUUAAUCGAAAUGAAAACCGGCGAUUCUACCAAUGAAGAUGAAGAUGUCCCCGAUGAGAACAAUGAUAACGCGGACACUGACGAGAACAGUCGUUCACCGAGCGUCGCCAGUCAGAUUAGUGACCAAGCAGGAGCUGCAGGAGGACCCACGGACAAGCGACGAGAGCAGUUGAACCAGCGGGUGGAAGCCUUACAUGCCAUGACACGUGAUCUUAGAGAGCAAGCAAAAUCGAUAGCCGCUGAAAGAGACGCUCUAAAAAUCUCCCGUUCGGAAAUUGAAAAGCGUCGCAAUAACGUUGCUGAACUGCAGCACCAAGCUGAAGCUCAAACCUCAGAGAAGUUAACCAAUCAUGUGGCAUCACUCGUUUCUUCGUUGCCAGUAGGGGCGAAAGAGCGCGAACAGAUUGCACUAAAAGCUGAACUCGAACAAAAGAGACGCGAACUGGAGCGGAUCGAAAAAAUGACGCACAGUAUCAAGAAGAACACUGAGCUAUCUCGACGAAAUACAGAGGUUGCACCACCGAAAGUCUCAUCUGUUUCCUCUACUGGCUCUCUUCAAUCCCCCAGUCAUCCACCGGUAAUUCCACCUCCUCCCGCGACUUCCGCUGCUAACAUCACCAGCGCUAGUAACGCCACGAAUCACUCGAAGAACUCCGCCGACUCCGGUGUGACUGAUAUAUUUGCUAACGCUCAACUCGAAUCCGGCAGCUAUCAAUCCAGCAGUACCCGUAGUUUGAAUAUGGUACCACCAAUGCCAGAUAUUUGCAAUCGCGCUGAUCGCUAUCAUCGUAAGUCCGAGGAAGUUUCCGCUUCAGCGGCACGCACUUCACCUUGGCCAGCGCAUUUGUUCGGUGGAAGCGCUGGAGUUGGUCCAUCUAGCUCCAACACGGGACCUCAAAGUCCUCACCCGUUCCAUCCAUUCGUUGGUUCAGAUAUUCAAGUAAGUUCGGCCUAUCCGGCCUACAAUGUUUAUCCGAACUAUUCAAAUCUGCUUCCACCGCAUACACCCAAUUCGGCACCACCGCUACCAGACCCCUUGAUGUUCCAGCACUUUAUGCAAACCCAGCAAAUGCUGAUGAACUCAAUAACCCAGUGUAACCAGUUGCUUUGGAUUCAGCAGCGUGAAAUCAACAAUCUUAACAAUGCAGUACUGCUGCUACAAGAACGUAUUCUCAACAACGGAAACAAUAAUAUCUUGUUGAAUGAUAUCCACGUUCCCGGUGCUGGAGCACACAUACGAGCGGAGUCAACCCCACCAAACAACUCGCUCAAUUCGGCUGGAACACUCUCCGGUUCCGUCUACAGUCGAGCUCGCUCCGAGCAACCAUCAAUGAAUCACCAACAAACUCCUUCCUCCCCAUAUCAAACGAUUCCAUCAAACACUGUGCAGCACACGCCGUACGGCAGCCUCAGUGGCGGCUCCACCGGCCAGUUUCAUCCCUUCACACCAACCUCAUCACAUCAGUCCAGUGCCCAAUUUUCGAUUAACCAACAAAUCCAGCGUAAUAACACUAACAUCUCGAAUGCUAACGCUGCCGGCUCGGUAAAUAGCAAUAGUAGCCAACGCAGCUAUCGCAAUCUCAGACACGUUAACAUUAACACCGCUAACAAUGCGAUCUACGAACAACAGCAGCUUCAGCAACAGCCUCUAUACAGUCACCAAGUCUCUCUGCAACAGCACUCGAAUAAUUUUAUGAACCUAAACAACCCGUUACAACAGACGGGAGCAGCAGAUGAUGACACAAAUCUGCAGCAUCAGCCUUUCAACAACGUUUCCGUUGUUGCCGGUGGUGGCAGCAACCUCGGCCCGUCUCACAUGAUCAACAAUUUGGCAAACGGACCGACAACGACCAUGCAAACGGGAGGACCGCUGCAAGUUUCGGCGCCACCCCCCGCGCAGCAACAAGUUUGUCUGAACAAUCUGAACAAUAGCAGUAACAAUAGCAACGCUUCUCAGCAAACGCAAGCCCUCAAUAACCAAGUUCUACCGGGAGUACGUGCCAACAAUUACUGGGACAAUUUCAGAAGUUACUCAAGACAAAAUCUUCUGUCGAGCAACAGCUGCAAAAGCAACGAAGAUUCCUGCACUCUCAGUUCCGGCAGCUGCACCAACAACAUCAACAAUCAAAUUCAGCGUAACAAUAGUAAUACAAACAAUUACAACAAUAGUGCCACGUGUGGUUCCACCGGUCAAAACGCUAGUAACAAGUAUUCUUCAAAUUUUAACCGCAACAAUUCGCUUAGCAACAUUAAUCAGCAGACAGUAUCCGAUGUGGGUUCCAAUCCGCAGCAACCGAAUAUGUCACAUCAGCAACCACAGCAACACUAUUCAUCUUUGCCAUCAUCGCAACAACAACAACAGCAAGCACAGCAACCGCCGCAAGAGUCUGCGACAUCUUUCCAACAGAUACCGCAGACGAUGUUCCACCAACAGCAACAUCACCAGCAACAGCAACAACAAUCACAACAGCAGCAACAACAUCACAACCCUCUGAACCAAUCGAAUUCCCUCGAUCUCGGCGAGCUGCAGUUCCACACCAAUCCGAUCAACCUAGGAUUGGCCAACAAAAGCAGCCAUCCCAAAGCUAGCGGCCACAAGAAAUACCCCCUUUCGUUGCGAUCCUGUCGCGACGGUAGCAAUUCUAGCGGGGAAGUCAGCUCGAAUUUCUACGCGGUCGGUGCACACGCGGAUAUGAUCAGCGAUCUGAACUUGGCCACUGCCAGCAACUAUCAGCACGAUUCCAAAUCGUCAUCGAAGCUGUUCGAAGCUCUCAAAGAGAAUGUCUAUCAAGAGGUUAAAAACCUCAUUACCGCGAACGAAUCGAGACCCCACUUCCUAAUUCAACUAUUCCGAGAGCUGCAGCUCAUUUCGUCCGAUCCGUUGCGCCAGCGGACGCUGCAAUCUAUUCAGGAGCUGUAUAAUCGUUACAUAGAGACCACUCUGCAACAAGAACAACAGGAAGGUCACGUCAACAACAUAGGCAGUAAUAAUUUGCUUUCUUCAGUAGCGGUGCCCGCGUCAGCCACCGGUAAUGCUCAAGGUACAGAAAGCGCACCCGGUGGACAGCCGCCAGCGGCCGCGGAAAAUUUGGAAGUUGUAGAAAUGGAGGUUUCGCAGAACUUUACCAACGCCCGAAAUCAGCAGCAGCAACAGCAACAGCAACAACAAGUAUCAGCGGCGGUUUAUCACUUUGCGCCUGCGGCGGAAAGUAAUCCUAACGUUGCUAAUGUUACUGCAUCUGGUUCGAACGCAAACGACGUCCCACUCGGGAAUGAGCUAGAAGCUAACGAGCUUGGCAUUCCCAGCUCGGAAAUAAUCAGCAUUAUUAUGAGCGACAUAGUUUCAGUAAUCAAUUCGGUCGAUUACAUCAACGACUCGGUUCUGUGUAAGAUUGCGGGGGUAAUUUGUAAUCAUGCCACCGGUGCUUCCAAUGGACUGUUUCAGAGUACUCAAGGAGGACAGCAGAAGACUCCUGAGAGAUUGCUAGCCAAUCCCAUGCUAGGUCCUUCAAUGGCCGCCUUCCUGGCACAGAACGACGCUGACUUCAUAAGUCGGGAGGAUUUUCUCCGCCAUCUGGAGAGCUGGAACCGAACCGAUAAGGAUGAAUUCAUUUCCAAUUUAGAAAAUCUGUUGAAUAACAUCCUGUUAAGGUCAUCUGCUGCAGAAGGUGAUCCAGGACUGGUAUCGUCCUCGAACAUGAACAUGAACGGUGACGAGGAAGGACAAAUGAGAGCUCAAAUGCAACAUCAACAACAACAUCUUCAUGACUCUUUGUCAAGUCACGGAAAUGGCAUUAACAGUAGUGCUGAUAUUAGCACCGACAACAAUGAAACGUUUGCUUCCUAUCCUGGAAACGAGGUACCGUAUUCUCCACGAGGUUUUCCUGGCGUUGCCAGUGUUGGUGGAGCAUGUGGCGGUCGACGCUUGUAUGGAGUAUCUGAAAGCGAUAAUAUGUCGAAUGGUGUGAGCAGUUCAAACGGUUAUGCAUCGACGACAUACGACUUGGCUGAGGCGGAUCAAAUCUGCGAUUUAGACAAAAGCAUUGCUGCUGGCGCGGUUGGGGGAAUUGCUUCAGCACCGAAUUCGAACGCUGAAGCCUUGUUGCACAGCAUAGAAGAUCGACGAAGAAUGAGACAGUGGAUGCUGGAUGAUGAUCUUCCGGAUAUGCCGAAAGAGCAACAACAGCACCAUCACCAGCAACAGCAGCAGCAGCAGCAGCAGCAACAAGCGGCGCAAAAUCCAGAUUCUAGGUUCGGUGAGGUGUGGCAGCUUGAGGAUGAAUAAUUAAAAAUAUGCUUCUUCUUUAAUGCUGCAAUGACAUGUUCCUGUUCUAUGCUGACAGUCUUUUUUUGAGCUUCUAAUAUCGAUACUCAGAGAGAACCACAAAACAAUACAUAAUGGAAUUCAAAUAUUGAUCUGCACUUCGUCGAAUAUAGACUCUGCUAAAAACUGCGCGAAAUGCUAUACCAGUGCUCAGAUGUAAGUUGCAACUCCUCGUUUCUACUGUUACUGCUCUUUGUGAUAGCUUCGGUUCUUUUCAACCCAAAACGGUUGAAAUCGCAACCUGGCGACAAAUUUUUGUAAGAACUUUUUAUUCGGUAUGACAAAAUUGACUAGCAAUUGUAAAAAUUCGAACCAAAUCAUUUUUUUUAUCACUUCGUCAAUCAGGCGCUUUCAAUAGGUAUGAAACCUCUUUCCUGAUCUACCUUUCCCUUUAUUUCGCAUCAAAAAUUCUACUUGUGUUGCGGAGACACCUUGGUAGAAUAACGACCCAAACCCAAAUUUCAAAUGCUUGAAGUGUUCCUAAGUGAUUGGUGGAUUGCCAUACCUUGUGGUACAAAGCAACAUACAUGUUUGGUUUUUAUUAACAGCUGAAGAAAAAUCGUAACCCCCAAGUACAGAAGCUCAAAGCGUCUGUAAAAGAAGCUGUAUAAUUCUGAGCCUAAUAUAUUCUCGACGUCAUAUGCAUA